CUGUGAUUGGCUAGUGAAUGUGAAGAUAUCAACAAAGUCUCUGAUGAAAAAUUUACGAAACGGCGAAGUUUAUUUUAUAAAAUAAAAUAGCUAUUAAUACGCUGACUGACGCUAUAAAUUUACGAGACACUCGCUACGGGACUCUUUAAACGUAAUUUCUUAAUUAAAAAGCGAAUUAAUAAAAUGGCUGGUGAUGGAGCCGACAGUAGUGGGUCACAAGUUGCGUUGGUUACAGGAGGAUAUGACCAUACUAUAAAGUUAUGGCAGGCACACAGUGGCGUUUGCUUAAGGACGAUGCAGCACCCAGAUUCGCAAGUAAACGAUUUAGAAAUAAAUCCAAACAGCCAAAUGGUUGCAGCGUGUGGGUACCAACACAUCAGGAUGUACGACCUUGCAAGUGCUAAUCCAGAUCCUGUUAUGAACUUUGAGGGUGUCAUUAAAAAUGUGUCCAGAGUUGGAUUCCAGGAAAAUGGUCAAUGGAUGUACACAGGCGGAGAAGAUUGCACUGCAAGAAUAUGGGACUUAAGAGCAGGUCGGCCGUUCCAGUGCCAGCAGAUAUUCCAAGUGCCUGCGCCUGUAAAUGCUGUAGUCCUCCACCCAGACCAGUCGCAGAUCAUGGUUGGGGGUCAGAGCGGCAUCAUACACAUUUGGGAUCUGAAGACCGACCACAAUGAACAAUUGAUUCCAGAAGCGGAGAGCAGUAUCCAGGAUAUCGCGAUCGACCCCGAGGGCAAGAUGAUGGCGGCGGUCAACAACAAAGGAAACUGCUACGUGUGGUCGCUGGGCGGUUCCCCACCACGCCCCGUGCCUCGCAAACACUUGCGGGCGCACGACAAGUAUGCGCUGCGCUGCAAGUUCAGCUACGACUCCACGAUGUUGGUGACGACCUCUGGUGACUGCUCGGCGCGUGUUUGGCGCACCAGUGACUGGACGUUGAUGCGCGAGCUCCGCCAUGAGAACCAGCGCUGGGUGUGGGACGCGGCCUUCACACUGGACUCCCGGUACCUCUUCACAGGGUCAUCAGAUAGCUACGCUCGACUGUGGGAUCUGGAGAAAGGGACCCUGGAGCGACAGUACUGCGGGCACCAGAAACCCAUCACCGCUCUCGCAUUUAGGGACCAGGCUGCCUAAACUCAGUGUUGUAUAUAAAUUAUGUUGUACAUACCAUGAUUUACUUGCGCAGAUGAUAUUUACUUUGUUAGCAGAAAAAUAUAUGCGUGAAAUUCAUCUGCUGCAGAUACUGUACGUCUGUCUGCGUCUGAGACGUAACGGUAAACACAUUAUUAUAAUCGCUCCUAAGCGAUGAAGCCACCCUUUGUUUUCCACCGUGUUUCUCUCUAUUUUCAUAACUGUGUUGUUGUGUACAAAUAAAGAAUUAAAAUAAAAAAAUAUUAAUGGCUACAGCUCUACACAUCACAGUUCUAAAAUGCGUUCAACCAUAUUUUUUCUUGUCGCUAUAUUAUUUGUAAUUUAUAGAUAAGUUAUAUUUUUGCGUAAAAUAUGUGUAAUGAGCUUUUCACACACAGUUCUAUUACUAAAUCUUUGCGGUAGGCUUUUCACAAGAUUUGCAGGAUCGCAAUCGAGGAGUCGUAUCCGAGCAUCAAAAUACUGGAAAUACUGAGUAAAAUGCAUGUAAUUCUUGCUUUAAAAUGGUUUCUACGCAACAUCGUACCGGAACGCUAAAUCGCUUCGCGGUACGUCUUUGUCGGUAGGGUGGCAACAAGCCACGACAGAUGCCUCCCACCAGUCCAGCAGACCAGAAAAAAAAAAUCAAAUUAUAAAUUCACAUAUUUCCCCAACCGGGGAUCGAACCCGAGACCUCUCGCUUAAAUCCACAGCGCUCACCGCUGCGCCAGGGAAAGUCGUAAAAAAAGUUUACAUUGAAUUAAUUGUAACGUGUGAAAGUCGGAUGGAUGAUUUACUUUUUGAACCCUAUUAAUUAAAUAUUGAUUGAAAUAAGUACUGCCAUGUUCUAGUUAAAAUUAAGCGAUAGUCCGUAAGUUUAUGUAAAUACCUCCUAGUUUAAAAUUGGUGCAUUUACUUUGUAAAUAUGUAAACAGAAAUACAUGUAAAUAAUUGUUUGAUACAAAAUAUAUGCUAAUUACUUAGUAU